ACCUUUUCUCAUAACAAUAUUUGCUUUCAAAUUCCUGGAUAAAUUAAUACUACCGUGCACUUCUUCUGAAAGAGAAAGAGAUUGAAAAUGGUGGCCGAUCAAAAGGGUAAAUCCGAUAUCUCCUUCGCCGGAACCUUCGCCAGCAGCGCCUUCGCUGCUUGUUUCGCCGAGAUAUGCACAAUUCCUUUGGACACUGCUAAAGUUAGGCUUCAGCUUCAGAAGAAAGCUGUUGGUGGAGACGCUGCAGUCUUACCGAAAUACAGGGGUUUGUUAGGUACAGUUGGUACUGUUGCGAAGGAAGAGGGUUUAGUUGCACUUUGGAAAGGUGUUAUUCCUGGAUUGCAUCGUCAAUGUCUUUAUGGUGGCUUGAGGAUCGGAAUGUAUGAACCGGUUAAGAAUUUUUAUGUUGGGAAAGAUCAUGUUGGAGAUGUUCCUUUGACCAAGAAAAUACUUGCUGCCCUUACAACUGGUGCUCUAGGAAUAACAGUGGCAAAUCCAACCGAUCUUGUGAAAGUUCGACUUCAAGCUGAAGGGCGAUUACCACCUGGAGUUCCUAGGCGCUAUUCUGGGGCACUUAAUGCUUAUUCCACCAUUGCUAGAACGGAAGGAGUUGCAGCUCUUUGGACUGGGCUUACACCCAAUAUAGCACGAAAUGCUAUUAUAAAUGCUGCUGAACUUGCAAGCUACGAUCAAGUAAAGCAGACGAUAUUGAAACUCCCUGGAUUCACCGAUAAUGUUGUCACUCACCUCCUUGCUGGUCUCGGGGCUGGAUUUUUUGCUGUCUGUAUUGGUUCUCCAGUUGAUGUGGUUAAGUCAAGAAUGAUGGGAGAUUCAGCCUACAAGAGCACGCUCGAUUGUUUCAUCAAAACUUUGAAAAAUGAUGGACCUUUGGCUUUUUAUAAGGGUUUCAUCCCGAAUUUCGGACGGCUAGGAUCUUGGAAUGUGAUCAUGUUUCUUACCUUAGAACAGGCAAAAAAAAUUAUGAGAGAGCUAGAAUCAACUCGAGGAGCUUAAGAGAAAUAAUCCAAUCCCGCAAAUGCAGGAAGUGGGGAGUAAAGUUGAAAUUGAAGUUUUAUAGAGUAAUAGAUUUUUAUCCAAUUCCCCCCCUCAUAACAUUAAUGUCAUAAGAGGAGCUAUGAUUGCUUGCAAACCCUGGGGGGAUCUUUUCGAAAUUUCACUGAACUUUGAAGCUUUCAAAUGAUUUUUUUUAAAAUUCUCACAACUGUUGCCAUUUCAUUGAUACCUGAUACAUGGCAAGCAAUAACAUGGAAGAGAGAAUUUAUUUUGUUCAA